AUGGAGAUGGUCAGCGGUGAUGGAGGUGUCUCCAAGCUGGAAGAUGGCUCGGCGGCGGCUGAGCGGGAGCCGUGGUUCCCGAGCAGCGGCGGCGGCGGCGGCGGCCGCAUGCGUGGGAAGGAGAAGGAGCGGUGGUGGCGCGGGCGGGUGCUGGUCGUCGGCGUGGUGGUGGCGCUGCCGCUGCUCGCGUUCUUCGUCCUCGGGCGGGAGAGCGCGUCGUCUGUUCUGCAGCUCGCGAGUGACAAGCUGACCGCCAUGAAUGUAGAGUUUACGACGAACACCUCUCGCGGCGGUGGGGCCACCAGGCAGGUCGACGAGCUCCUCGGCGGGCUGCUGCCGCCGGGCAUGGACCGGCGGUCGUGCCGGAGCAGGUACCAGUCCGCGUGGUACUACAAGCACUUCCCGUACGCGCCGUCGCCGCACCUCCUGGCGAAGCUGCGCGCCUACGAGGCCCGGCACCGGAGGUGCGCCCCCGGCACGGCGCCCUACAACGCGUCCGUCGAGCAGCUCCGGUCCGGCCGCAGCGCCGACGGCAUGGAGUGCAGGUACAUCGUCUGGCUCCCCUUCGACGGCCUCGGCAACCGCAUGCUGUCCAUGGUCAGCGGCUUCCUCUACGCGCUCCUCACCGACCGCGUCCUCCUCGUCGACCUGCCCCCGGACACCUCCGAGCUCUUCUGCGAGCCGUUCCCGGGCACCACGUGGCUGCUCCCGCCGGAUUUCCCCGUCGGCAACCUCUUCGGGCUCGGCCCCCGCCCCGACGUGUCGUACAUGAGCCUCCGCGCGAAGAAGAAGAUCGUCGUGGACGCGGCGGCGAACGGCACGGUGCCGGCGUACGUGUACCUGAGCCUAGGGUGGCACAUGGUGGACAGGCUCUUCUUCUGCGGCGACGACCAGCGCGCGCUAGGGAAGGUGAACUGGCUGCUGCUCUACAGCGACCUCUACUUCGUGCCGUCGCUCUACUCCGUCGCCGAGUUCAACGGCGAGCUCCAGCGGCUGUUCCCGGCGAAGGAGAGCGCGUGCCACCUCCUGAUGCGCUACCUGCUCCACCCGACCAACGCCGUGUGGGGCAUGGUCACCAGGUACCACGACACCUACCUUUCGCCGGCGAACAGGACGAUCGGCAUCCAGAUAAGGAUGUUCAGCUUCGCCUCCAUCCCCGUCGACGACCUCUACAACCAGAUCCUCGCCUGCUCCCGCCAGGAGCACAUACUCCCCGAAACCGACGACGGCGGCGAUCUCAGCGAGACGAACGACAACAACAGCAAUGGCUCGACGACGACGGCCAUCCUGAUCGCGUCGCUGUACCCGGACUACUACGAGCGGAUCAGGGCGACGUACUACGAGCACGCGGCGAAGGGCGGCGUGCUGGUGGCGGUGUUCCAGCCGACGCACGAGGAGCGGCAGGCGACGGAGAAGCUACUCCACAACCAGAAGGCGCUGUCGGAGAUCUACCUGCUCGGCUUCUCCGACGAGCUGGUCACGUCGGGGAUGUCGACGUUCGGGUACGUGGGCGCCAGCCUGGCGGGGGUGCGCCCGACGAUCCUGGCGCCGGCGCACGGCCACAGGGUCCCCGCGACGCCGUGCCGGCGCGCCGUGUCCAUGGAGCCGUGCAACCUCACGCCGCCGCGCGCGGGCGACGAGGAGUGCCGGGGCAAGGCCGUCGACGUGGACGACCUCGCCCGCCACGUCAGGCCCUGCGACGACCACGACAAGGGUGUCAAGUUUUACGAUUGA